AUGACACCCUUUCCCCAAGACGUCACAAACCCUUACUCACUCUCAACCUUCACCCUCCCCUUACGUCCCCGCCCCAAUGGGGGUAGUUCCAGUAGUGGUGGCUGUAGUGGGGGAGACCGCCAUGUGGAAAGCCGCCAUCAAGAGCAGCAAGUUGUCCAAACUACCACAACGACCACAACGACCACAUCGAGAACGACAGCCACGGGACCCAGACACGGGAACAUGGACAAGGACAGGGACAGGGACAUACUUCUUAACCCUGUUUCUGCUUCUGCCGUCAUGGGCCCGCGAUCCCCUAUUCACAACUGCAGUUCCAGUUCCUGUUCGGACUUUUCCACUGUGGCGUCCAAGACGGCGACGAGGGCGGGGGCAAGCCGUCAUUCGAAGCCUGCGUCAUCGAUUAGUAUAUCGGAGGUAUCCUCUGAGUCGGGGGGGACUGGAGGAGGAGCUUCUCCGAAUCUGAAGAAAUAUUUGAGAACGAGAAGGGGCGCAAUUUCGGGGCCUAGUUGCCCUGGUCCCGCUCCCGGUCCUGGUCCUCUAAGUUUGGCUUUGACUUCGGCAAGUCCGGCUCCGUGUUCAAGAUCAUCGUGGCGUUCGAGUAGUUCUAGACCUAGUCGUUCCAGAGCGUAUGGUGGGGAGCGGCUGUUGUUGCCUGCGCCUUCGAUGGGUUCGGGUUCUUUUGCUUCCGGUUCCGACUCUGGUCUCGGUUCUGAGAUGAGUGGUGGUACUACCGGUAGCAGAGCUGGUGGCAGAACUGGUAGCACUACUGGAGCUACUACUAACCGGUUGAACCAAGCUCGACUUUUCCCUUUCUCUCCCAGGGGUUGGCCAGACCACAACCGUAAUGGCUCCCAAAUCAUCACUGAUCCCGCUGGAUUUCCCGACUCAUCAUCAGUUGUCUCCAAUGAAAGCAGCAGCAGUAUAAACACCGUGCGUCUGUUGGACUUGCACACCUCGCCGCCGCCGCCGCCGUCGGCAUCCUUACGAAUCAGUGCUAGUAGGCUAUCGCAUAACCCUCGAAUUAGGACCGGAGAGAUCACGCCGGGGGAUUCUAUCUCCCAGAUUGGAUCAUCUGCCUCAGCCUCUGCCUCCGCCUCAUCCUCAACAUUACGGAGAAAUGGAGGACAACGAUCGUCGCUAAGCCUUCCGAUCCGGAGCUUACCUCUACGGGGUGUCCGGCACGUUUCUGCUUCUGAGAUUGAAUUAUCGCCGCGUAUUCGUCUAGAAGAAGAGGACCGCUGGAUUUUACCAUCGAGUCCACCUGGGAGGUUUGGGCCUCCGCCGCUUUCUGCAUUUGGAUCUGGGUCGUCGAGGGAUUCCUCCCCGAGGGAUUAUCGCAAAGUCGUUGUAGGAAGUAGCAAGUGUUCGUCUACCUAGGGUAGUGGGUGCAGGGUCCCUGGCGGGGAGUGAUGUAAGUUGUACAUAGUCAGGGAAAGGGUUCAAGGCAUUUUGGGGAUCAACGAUCACAUAGCUUGUAGCUGUCAACUGUGUCGAAUUCGAGACUCUUGCGGCUGAUCCGUAAUGUUUCUUGACCUUGGUAGGACGACAAUAAUCAAAGAUAGUACUUGGAAAUCAUGCAAACUCGUGAGUAUGGCACUCUCUGC